AAACAAAAUACAUUUAGAGAACAGAACACAUAGUCAUUGGUUUUCGAUUCUGGACAUUUAUAUUUAUUCCAAAAAUGGUGCUUUGUCGUUAUUUUCAACAGGGCUCUUGCCGCUUUGGCACCAAGUGUAACAAUGAGCACUUUGAUCUUAAGCAAAUUCUAAAAACUGAUGUUGAGUCCUCCAUCAAUGGUAAAAUGUGGCCUUUUUCUUGCUACGGACCGUUCAAGGACAAGCCAAGCUUACCAAACUUCAUAGAGGACCAGUCAGUCGAGGAGGUGCGCUGGCUUUGCUAUCAGUCCAAGGGUCAGAAUUUCGAGCAAUUUCAUCAGCAAUUUAACAAGGAAGUAAUGGAGGCGACAAACAAAAUGAAAGCUCUUUUGCAUGUCACUCCACAAAUACUGGAAGUGGUCAUAAAGGUGUAUGACACUCCUAUUAUAGACACUGUAAAGCCGCCCGUAAACAACAACAACAACAAUCCCUUUGGCUUUGGCACUGGAAAUGCAGCGGCAACAAAUUCAAUUUUUAACAAACCUACUGCCAAUACGGGCAGCAUUUUUGGAGGUGGCGGAGCCGGCAGUGCGUUCAGUUCACAGCAACCUACAUUGGGGCAGCAGCAGGGCUCAAAUAUUUUUGGCGCUGCCUCAACGGCUGCCAACCCUGCCGCUAGCAUAUUUGGCGGCGGCGGUGGUGGUGGUAAUGUAUUCGCCCAACAACAACAAACGUCGAUUUUUGCACAACAGCCCCAGACCCAACCAUCGUUAUUUGCACAGCAGCAGUCACAGCCCCAGCCCCAACAGCAACAGCCGCCACAAAGUGUCUUUGGCCAACAACAGCCAACAGCGACACCAUUUCAGAGCAGCAACAUAUUCGCUCAAGCAGCGCAGCCCAAAAUAGUCAGUACCUUUGGACAACCGCAGCCACAAUCAAGUUUUGUUGGUGGCUUUCAACAGCAGCAGCCACAACAACAACAAUCGGUUGGUGGCAUGUUUGGCCAACCACCAGCGGCUAUUAUUGUGCCCAAUAGCGGCAACAUCUUUCAACAAACUUCAGCAGUACCGCCGCCUUCCGCGUUUUUUAGUCAGGCGACCCAACAACAGCCCCAACAUCAGAUCCAAGCGCAGCAACCGAUGCAAGAGUCGGCAGCCAUUCAGCAACAGCCUAGAGAUAGUGCCUCCUGCUACAGUUUGUUGGAAAACUUAAGCGCCGCGGAAAUUGAGGCUUUCAAAGCUGAGCAAUUCAUGCCGGGCAAUUUGCCAUUUUCUCCGCCACCUCGAGAGUUUAUCAAUUAAAAAGCCUAUCAAAUUCACAGAGUUUAUCAAUAAUCCUUAAGAGUGUGUAUAGAAUUUGCUAAGAUUUGAAGUCCUCGAGAAAUGAUCAAUUAACGUAAAGAAUGUGAAAAAAUUCGCAUAAACGUACCUUAAAUUGGAUGGCAAAGUUCAGUUGGAAGUUCGUUCAGUGCAGCUAAAUCUAAAUAUUACAUUAUUUGGCAAUAGAUAUGGUUUAGAAACGUAACUAAAAACAUUGUAACGAAGUUCUCAGAAGUGGCCAUCAAGUCGAGCGUUGCUGACCAUCUGAAUUAAUUUUUUUAAAACGUAUUUUUAUAUACACAUAUUUCUAGCCAUUUUUGUGGAUGCCAAAUGGAGUUCAUUGUUUAAAGUUGACUGCUUAAUUAUUAAAAAUUCAAUAAUAAA